GCACGGCCCCCCUUCGUCCCUUCCGCAAGAAAGGAAACGAGAGAGAAAAUCGAGUGAAAAGGAAGGGAAACAACAUAACAAAUCGCAAAGAGGCGUCUUCCAAGCUUGUAGGGUUACCGGAUCGGAGGAGCAUCCCCGCCUAGGUCACCACAGCCAUGGUUCGCGGAUCGCUAGGCAAGCUUGCGUCGCGCGCCCUCUCCGUCGCCGGGAGAUGGCAGCACCAGCAGCUUCGCCGCCUCAACAUCCACGAGUACCAGGGUGCGGAGUUGAUGGGGAAGUACGGUAUCAACGUACCCAGGGGUGCGGCGGCGGGGUCCGUACAGGAGGUCAAUGACGCCUUGAAGAACAUGUUCCCCAGUGAGAAAGAGAUAGUUGUUAAAAGUCAAAUCCUUGCUGGUGGCCGAGGGCUGGGAACUUUCAAAAGUGGGCUGCAAGGAGGUGUCCAUAUUGUUAAGGCUGAGGAAGCUGAAAGCAUUGCACGUAAAAUGUUAGGCCAGAUUCUGGUAACGAAACAAACUGGUCCGGAGGGAAAGAUUGUGAGCAAGGUCUACUUGUGUGAGAAACUGUCUCUUACUAAUGAGAUGUAUUUUGCCAUCACCCUUGAUAGGAAAACUGCUGGUCCGCUCAUUAUUGCUUGCAGCAAGGGAGGAACCAGUAUUGAAGAUCUUGCGGAGAAGUAUCCUGAUAUGAUUAUCAAGGUUCCUGUUGAUGUAUUUAAAGGAAUAACAGACGAGGAUGCAGCUAAAGUUGUUGAUGGUCUAGCUCUAAAGUCAGCGGAUAGGCAGUCUUCUAUAGAACAGAUUAAGAAACUGUAUGAACUUUUCUGCAAGUCUGAUUGCACAUUGCUGGAGAUAAAUCCUCUGGCGGAGACAGCUGACAACAAGCUUGUUGCUGCUGAUGCAAAGUUGAACUUUGAUGAUAAUGCUGCAUUUAGACAGAAAGAAAUAUUUGCACUUCGUGAUACAACUCAGGAAGACCCCAGGGAGGUCGCUGCUGCCAAAGCAGAUUUGAACUAUAUUGGUCUUGAUGGAGAGAUUGGUUGCAUGGUGAAUGGAGCAGGAUUGGCCAUGGCGACCAUGGAUAUUAUAAAGUUGCAUGGUGGGACGCCUGCCAAUUUCCUUGAUGUUGGUGGAAGUGCAUCAGAGGGGCAGGUUGUGGAAGCUUUUAAGAUACUGACUUCAGAUGAUAGAGUGAAGGCAAUUCUAGUGAACAUUUUUGGGGGCAUUAUGAAAUGUGACGUGAUAGCAAGUGGAAUUGUUAAUGCUGCUAAACAGGUUGACCUGAAGGUUCCUGUUGUUGUUCGGUUGGAAGGCACCAAUGUAGACCAAGGAAAAAGGAUUCUUAAGGAAAGUGGAAUGACUUUGAUCACUGCAGAAGAUCUUGAUGAUGCGGCAGAGAAAGCUGUAAAAGCAUCCGUCAAAUAACUAUAGUGUAUCAAUCUGAAGCUUAUUUUUUCACUGGUACAAGAUGAGCAGUGCUCUUUUACGGAUUUCGGGCUGGGGCAGAAGUCGCGAACUGCAACUUUUUUGAAGUGGGGUUAUUUUGACCUAGUUUUCCUGUUAAACAUUGCCAGUGCCGAAACUUUGUCGUCUCAUGUUGAUAAACAUUUAUCGGGGCCAUUGGGCAGCUGCUAGUUUGGCAAUUGCAAAUCAAUUUACCUUUUGGUUCAGAGGGCAUAGGCUGCUACCCUAGUGGCUAAAAAUUUCGUUGACAGGGUCUACGUUGCCAGUUUAUUCUGUACAUUGCCAGUGCCAGUUUAUUCUGUU